GUUUUACUGCUUCUCAUUCUCAAUUUCGGUCUCCUUUACUGGUUUGUCACUCUUCGUGGUGGUAUAGUUAGGCAUGCGUCACGUGCAUGAACGUGCCAAGUCAAUUGGAAGGGGGGGGGCAUAAACAGCACAAACUACUUACCACCAAAGAGCGUCUUUGUUUACCACAUCGACGAGAAAGCUCUGUAUAUUUUCUUGUGCAAUUGGAUUUUGCGAUACGCUUCAGGCUGUGCUACUCAUGAGACUUUGAUCAACGGGAGAUGCUGCUACAUGUGCCGCCCAGGAACAUAUCUGAAGGAACUCUGCACAAACACAACGCAAACUGUCUGUGAGCCAUGUCCUCAUGGCUCCUUCUCUGAAAAAUAUAACAUCUUUGACAAAUGUGCGCAAUGUCAAUCAUGUCAAGGUGAUCACCGAGAACAAAAAGAGAGCUGCUCUCCAACCACAAACACAAAGUGCUCGUGCAGCCCUGGUUUCCUGUGCAUCGACGAGGUGUGCUCAGAAUGCCAGGAAAACAACUGCACUGCCGGCCAGAAAGCCGUGAAGACAGACCUGAUGCACUAUGAGUGCAAAGAAGCGUGUCCUGAUCAUGAAUAUUGGGAUGUGAAAACGAACAUCUGCAGAACACGGACACAGUGCAGAAAGGAAGGAUUCGUGGAGCAAUUUCCAGGGAAUGGAACCCAUAACUCUGUCUGCGGUAGACACGACAAUGACGCCCUGUAUGUGAACCUGAGCAUCGGAUGUGCCUUGCUGUCCGUCAUUGUUCUUGUGAUCCUGUCCAUAGUCUGUAUAAUCAUGGCAAGGAUGUGUAAAGCAGGGAGAGCCGCUGAUGCUGCGGCCAGCCAGCGGGAAUAUCACCUGUCGGUGGAAGAAAGCGGAUUACAACUCCGGGCGGAUUGCAGCAAGAGCCAACUCCAGGAAAUAGUCACCAUCUUGUCAUAGACGUGAGAAAAUGAAUGAGUUUUAGAUCCGCUGGUCACUA